AUAAACACUUUGAAAUUGGUAUAGGAGAGGUAUAAUCAUUCACAAUGGCUUCUUUCAACCCUACGCAGAUUUUCCAGAGUGAUGUGACGGAAGAGAAGGGUGAGAAUGCUCGCCUUUCUGCUUUCGUGGGAGCUAUCGCAGUUGGCGAUCUGGUGAAGAGCACAUUGGGCCCAAAGGGCAUGGACAAGAUCUUACAAUCUGCCUCUACCGGUGAGAUUAUGGUCACGAAUGAUGGAGCAACUAUCCUGAAGUCCAUCGCCUUGGACAACGCAGCCGCAAAAGUGCUCGUGAACAUCUCAAAAGUUCAAGAUGACGAAGUAGGAGACGGCACAACAUCGGUCACAGUCCUGGCAGCAGAGCUCUUAAGAGAAGCGGAGAAGCUGGUCGAUAAGAAGAUCCAUCCCCAGACGAUCAUCGAGGGUUACAGGAUAGCAAGCCAAGCUGCUUUGGCUGCACUCGAGAAAUCAGCUGUUGACCACAGCAGCAACAAGGAGGCGUUCAGGAAGGACUUGUACGCUAUCGCACGGACAACUCUCAGCUCGAAGGUCCUGGCCCAGGACAGAGAUCAGUUUGCAGAGCUAGCAUGCGAUGCAGUGCUACGUAUGAAGGGUUCGUCCGAUCUCAGCCACAUUCAAAUCAUCAAGAAGGCUGGCGGAAAGCUGAGCGACUCCUAUCUUGACGAGGGCUUCAUCUUAGACAAGAAGAUCGGUGUAAACCAGCCGAAGAGACUGGAGAAGGCAAAGAUCAUGAUUGCAAACACCGCAAUGGACACAGAUAAGAUCAAGAUCUUCGGGGCCAGAGUUUCUGUUGCAUCGACAAGCCAGCUUGCGGAGCUAGAGAAGGCAGAGAAGGAGAAGAUGAGGGCUAAGGUGGAGAAGAUCAAGGCACAUGGAAUCAACUGCUUCAUCAACAGGCAGCUUAUCUACAACUGGCCUGAGCAACUCUUUUCGGAUGCUGGGAUCAUGUCGAUCGAGCAUGCUGAUUUCGACGGAAUUGAGAGACUCGCCCUGGUUACUGGUGGCGACAUCGCUUCCACUUUCGACCACCCGGAAUUGGUUAAACUUGGACACUGCGAUGUUAUCGAGGAGGUUAUCAUUGGUGAGGAUACGCUAAUCAAAUUCUCCGGUGUCGCUGCUGGCCAAGCUUGCACGAUCGUCCUGAGAGGUGCCACCGAGCAGCUCUUGGACGAGGCCGAGAGAUCACUUCACGAUGCCUUGGCUGUUCUGUCACAAACAGUCCAGGAACCAAGAACCACACUGGGAGGCGGAUGCGCAGAGAUGUUGAUGGCCCGCGCCGUCGACGCAGCGGCCCUUAAGGUUGAUGGCAAGAAGCAAAUUGCCGUUGCAUCUUUCUCCGUUGCCCUCCGCCAGCUGCCAACCAUCCUCGCAGACAAUGCCGGGUACGAUUCGAGCGACCUCGUGGCCAAGCUGCGAACCGCCAUCUAUGACGGCAUGACUACUUACGGUUUGGAUUUGAUGACACCUGGCGGCGGUAUUACCGAUAUGCGCGAGCUUGGUGUCAUUGAGAGUUACAAGUUGAAGAAGGCAGUUGUGUCGUCAGCAUCGGAGGCUGCAGAGCUUCUAUUGAGGGUAGAUAAUAUCAUUAGGAGCGCACCAAGACGGAGGGAAAGACAAUAGAUGUGGCAUGGACAGGAGAACCCGGCUGUAUUAUGAGAAGGGGAUUGCUAAUGGCGAAGCCACUGUACCAUAACCUGCCUUAAUCACUUCGUAGUGACAAUGAAUGCACUCAUGGUCGGGAACAAGGUGUAACUUGCCCAUACAGUUUACGUAGUAAUGCACUGAUAGAGCCGAGUACAAAUACAAGUGUUC